UACAGGUUCUCCAUAGCAACAAGUCGAAUAUUAAAUCAAUAAGCGUUUUGUUUAUCAUGUAAAAUUUUUGCACCCUUGUCAAUUAUCUAAUUUCAAUCAAGUUUGCAGAAAAAUGCCUGAACUAGAGCAACAACCUUCAACUGAAAUAACGUCACCUCGUUCAUCCUUAUCAGUUACCCCAUUCAUUCUCUCUCCGGUAUCAUCAGGUAGCAGCAUGUCACACGAAUCAGAUUCGGAAGUAAAUUAUGACUGGAACCCAUUUCCUUAUGGACACAUUCAAAUACCAUUAGAACCUACAAUUAGAGAUGUUUUGAUUCACGCCGCCAAUACGAGCGAAUUGCAUACUGUCACAAAAAUACAGUUGCAAGUAAUUUCAAUUGACACCUCUCUUCAACACAUGAGUGUCCAUUUACCUUUACUUCGAGAGUUAAUUCUUGACGGCAGUGCAAUAUCAUCAUUACGUGAUCUUGGAUACGGGCUCAAGAAUUUGAAAAUCUUGAAGGUAUGCUCCUGCGGUCUGACGACAUUAGAUGGUAUGCUAGGUUUAGACACUGUGGAAGAAUUUCACGCCGAAAGUAACCAAAUCACAGAUUUAAGUCCUUGCGGUUUCCUGCCGAAGAUUCGCUUAAUCAAUCUGAAAAGAAAUCUACUCAAAGAUGUUAUGGCUGUUACUUUUUUGACAAUAUGUGAGUCGUUAGAACAUUUAACGCUAUCGGAAAAUAUAGAAUUAAUUCAAGCUUUUGACACUCCCUUGUACAGAAAAAUUGUUAAAAGUAUUUUACCAAACUUAAAGACGCUAGAUGAAGUGGACAUUUCGUCAGAGGAAACAUUGCCAGAGUAUGCCAAGCUUCAUCAGUUUUGCGCAAGUGAACACCUUGAAAGUGACCAGGAAUUUGACUUCAAUGAGGAGACAAAAGACGCAUCACGACACUUGUAUUCCAUAACAGACAAAGGUCAAUUUGUGGUCAGUUUUACACCAAAAGUAUUAUCACCAAGAUCUCCCUCAGGGCAUAGCAGUACAGAUUCGACCAUCAUUUCAGCGUUUAGGGAAGAGAAAUUUCCAUCAUUUGAGGAAUGGCUGCACACACCAGAUUCUGAUGAUUAAUUAUAUCUACUUACCAAUAUCUAUUUUUGAUAUUUUUAUACAUUAAUUUUAUU